CACAAAGCCAUUGAAUGCCUCAAUAGAUGGCAUUCACGGCAUUGUUGUCAUCACUCACUCACUGAUCGCUCGCGAAGACAAUCAGUCCAUCACUUUAUGCAUCACUUGAUUGUGUCUUUGAUUGUCACCACAACCACAACAACACCGCUGCAGACAUGUAUGGCUUAGAAGAGGCGGGAAUUCCGGGCAAAGAAUAUCUUCGCGAUUCGCUGACCAAUUGCUCGGAUCCGUUGAAAGCGAUCGAAGACUUCCAGACAGAGAACGGCAUUCUUCUGCCAUCUCUUCGGCCAAUGCUUCCACUGCUGGACUUACACGGAGUCCGACGACAAGAGUUUCAUUUCUCAGUUCUGGAGGAAUUGCGGGACAAACUGAUCGCUCGCAUCGAAGACAUGAACAAAUUGGAGGCCAAAGAGCGCGAGAAGAAGUUGAAAGAGUUGUUGUUUAAGAGCUUUCCGUUGAUAAGAGUGCCAUCCCUUCAACCCGUGGUUAUGGCUAUUAUGAAGCACUUGGAUAUCGUUGAAGACAAAUACCUCAACCAAUUGGUCGCCGAUAAGAGUCUGUACGCGAAGUGCGACGUCUCUGUGAAGCGCCAGAUAUGGCAACAGCACCCGACCCUCUUCGGGGAUGAGGUCUCACCCAUACUCAGCCAAUACAUCAAAGAGAAAGAGUCCCUAUUCUUCAACUUCAAAGACAUCAACAAAACCUUUUAUGUGUUGACUCCGAAGGUCAGGCGACAGAACCCUAUAAUCCAGACAUUAGUGAAAAUGGUCGGCAAGAAUGUCCUCCUCUACGAUACGAUCCUCCAGUUUCUGCGGACACUGUUUUUGCGCACAAAGAAUGUCCACUACUGUACCCUUCGAGUGGCACUCCUGAUGGCACUACACGACUGCGAGGUGCAGGACAUCACUGGAAUGGAUCCGUGCCAUAAGUUUGGCUGGUGUUUGGACGCCUGUAUCCGGGAGAAUGUGAUUGACCCGAAACGCUCGCGAGAACUGCAGGGCUUUCUGGAAGGCGUGCGCAGAGGACAGGAGCACGUGUUGGGCGACAUAUCGAUGACUCUCUGCGACCCCUAUGCCAUCAAUUUCCUGGCGCUGUCGUGCAUGAAGAUCCUCAACCAUCACAUCCAGAACGAGAGCCUCGCGCGAGACAAUCACGUUCUCAUGCUUUUGCUGCGAAUGUUGAACUUAGGUCUCCACAGUUGGGAUGUCCUAAACUCGCAGGUCUUUCGUGAGCCGCGACUCGAACCCGAUCUCAUCACCAAAUUCGUGCCGAUCCUCAUGUCGUUCAUAGUUGACGAUCAGGUCAGACAUCUUAACGCUAAGCUCCCGCCCGAUGACAGGGAGUCGGCGCUCGCUAUCAUCGAACACUCGGGUCCUCCGCCUGACGCUUACCAACAGUUUGUCUCAGAGGACAGAUUGGCCUCAAUUUUGGCCAUUUAUUACACCUUACAGGUGACCAAACAGAAGGACAAACAGGCAGUGAUGCGAGUGUUGGGAACUCUGGCCUCUUCUCACGACAACCGGGCCCUCGACGACCAGUAUUUGCAUAUUUUGGUCAAUAAUCUCAUCGCAAUGGCAGAGGACUUCUCCAGCGAAGAGUUCUGUUCAGUGGUCUUGGAUGAGGUGUUUAUGCCGGCCCUCACGUACGGCAAUGUAGUCCACCAUCUGAUGAAGUUGUUGUCCCACACCUUCCAACACAUCCCAACACAACGACUCGAAAAUAUCAUUAAAAUUCUCGAAUCCUUUUCAUAUCACAACGAAAGCAGUAAAACUCUUUUCGCAGAAUUGCAGACAAAAGUCACGGAAUUCGUGGAAAGGGCUGAAACACUGCCCCAACAGGCCGUCCAAAGCAACGAAGGCUUGGGUUCUGUUCUCACACGCGAUUGAAAUGACUUUUUGUAUACUAAUUGUGUUUCCAUUAAAUUCAUUAAUUAUUUCUAUUUUCAAAUCAA